AUGUUUGUGCUUUUGACUUCUAGGUGGUGGAAAGAUUUGGACCUUCCAUCAAAACUUCCUUAUAUAAGGAGCAGACUGGUCGAGAGCUACAUUUGGGCUAUUGCAACCUAUUAUGAACCUCAUUACUCCCUUAGCAGGAUCAUUUUCACCAAACCUUUUGUAAUGUUUACUGUUGUAGAUGAUACAUAUGAUGCAUAUGGUUUACCUGAAGAACUCAGACUUUACACUAAAGCAACACAGAGGUGGGAUAUGAAGGAAAUCAACCAGCUUCCGGAUUACAUGAAAAUUGUUUACAGAAAUGUUUUAAAUCUCUACAAAGAAUUAGAGGAGGAAAUGGCAAAGCAAGGAAUAUCAUACCGCCUUUAUUAUUCACAAGAAUCAUUUAAAGAAACAGUUACGGGCUAUGAAAUUGAGGCUAACUGGUGUAAUGAAGGAUACAAGGCGACAUUUGAUGAAUAUAUGAGUAAUGGGUUGAUCAGUGCCGGUUAUUUUCUGGUUGGAUUAUCGUCCUUAUUGGGCAUGGGAGAAGUUGCUAACGUUGAAGCAUUUGAAUGGAUGCGAAGCAAACCCAAAGUUCUUGUGGCAGCAAACAUAAUUGGGCGGCUCAUUAACGACAUAAUGAGCCAUGAGGAAGAAGAUCAGAGGGUGCAUAUUGCUACAGGGGUUGAAUGGUAUAUGAAGGAUUAUGGAGUGUCAAAGGAAGAGGCUAUUGAUGAGUUUACCGAAUUAUUGCAAAUGCAUGGAAAGAUAUUAAUCAGGAAUGCCUCAGACCAACCCCCGUUCCAAUGA